UACAGAUGAGAUAAUUGAUGUGCAAUACAAGUGCGACGAGUUAAGUCACUUGUCAGUUUAUGCAUACGAAUAUAAAACAAAACUCAUCUGUUUGCGUAGUAUGUGGGCACAUUGUAACCAUUGAUAUACGAUAAUUCAAUUCACUCGUAACAUAGAAAUCAAACAGUGUAGUUAAUUUUAUUUUGAGUUUUGAAAAUAAGAUAAUAAUAAAAAAUAAUGACUCGGUUUAGCGCAAACUGGAUGUGGCUGGUUGUCCUUGUAGCUGGAUCUUUCCCAGGAACAACAUUAUCACAGACGGACAUGUUAUGUCAACAGCUAAACAAAAAUUGCACGGUAAUAACCAACUGUACUUCAGCUCUGGAAGCUUUAAAAGACCGAGAAGAUAUGUUGUUGAGAAAGAUGUUUUGUGGAUUCGACGUUAGAGGACCUAUGGUAUGCUGUCCGAUUGAUCGUCCAAUAGUAUUUAAAAACGAUUUAGAGACAGCGACAAGCAGAAGAGAAAGCACAAGUACAUCAAAACCUACUACAACCCCACUUAUUCCUACGACAGGUAGCAACAACGUACUGGAAGAUAACAAUGUACUGGAAACCAUGAAUACAUCUAAUGGGUUACCAUCUAUUAAAGUUUGUGGCAUCUCUGGCUCGGGUUUGGAUCGCAUUAUAGGUGGUUCAAUAGCUGCCCUUGAUGAAUUUCCAUGGCUAGCUCGUAUUGCAACGAAGAAAUAUGACAGGAUGAGAUUCACAUGUGGCGGAUCUCUGAUAACACAACAAUUUGUUGUGACAGCUGCUCAUUGUGUAGUAGAUAGGAAUGUAUUGUCUGUACGUCUUGGCGAGUGGGAUACAGAAACAGAGAAGGAUUGCAAUGAAGACUACUGCAGUGAUCCUCCGGUGGACGUGAAAGUCGUCCAAGUUAUAGUACAUCCAAAGUACAAUAAAAAGCUGCACGAUGGAGAUAUAGCACUUCUCAGAUUGGGAAAUUCUGUUAAUUAUACAGAUUACAUCCGGCCAGUAUGUUUGCCCACUACAAAAUUUGUCGCCAAUCAGGAUUACGUGGUAGGAACAUCGUUCACAACUGCAGGAUGGGGUCUCACUGAACUAGGAAAUCCGUCAAUAAUAAAACAAAAGGUUGAUCUGGAUACAGUUUCAUUGGAUAUUUGUAAAAUUAAACUGGCGCAUAUUAACAAAAUGGACAUCGACAAAAUUAUAUGUGCCGGUGGUAAACCCGGCAAGGACACAUGUAACGGUGACUCCGGAGGUCCUCUCACCAAAGAUAUCACAAUUCAAUUCAAUACAAAUUCAUAUUUAUUCGGUAUAACAAGUUUCGGAUCCGCCCGCUGCGGCGCCACUGACACCCCGUCUGUGUAUACCAGAAUAACUGCUUACAUGGAUUGGAUUAUUACAAACAUUAACGCGUGAUAUCCAAUGUACGGAUUGCAAUAUGUAAAAAUGGAUAUAAUCCACGAAGGAUCAAGAUUAUUGAUUACCAUUAUGGCUGUGAUAAUAAAUUACGUAGAAACUUUAGAUGUAAGCAAUAAAUUUAUUACUUAUUUAAAUUAA